AUGGAGAAAGGACAAGAGGAGACCUUGGAAGGUGGUGGAAAUGUCCUGUGGCUCCAUCAUGGGGGUGGUUUCAAUGGGGCCAGCCCCUCAUUCUGGCCCGAGGUUUCCUUCCAGCGGCUUCUAUGGCCGCUCCUCUUGGUCUACCAUGGGAGAGCCACAGGAGAACAGGACGGAUGUCAGGGGUUAGUCUUUGUGCGGCUGCAGGAGCAGGUGGGGCGGCCGUGCGGGCUGUCGCCUCUGCAUCUGGUGGAGGCGGGCAUGCCUGGAGUCCAGCUCCCCAGCUGUCAGGAAGGAGACCUGGGCGUGUGUGGGAGCAGGUGCACGGUCAUGCUCCCGGGGACCGCCUGGGACCUGCCUCCAGCCCCGGAGUCAAAGGGAAUCGCAGCAGAAACUGGCCCUCUGCCCUCACGCGGCAGCGAGCUGGACCCAGGCCUCGGAGAAGCAGGCAAAAGGUUCCCAGCAGGCCUACAGGUGACCCCCGCCCGGGACGGAGGUCCAGCAGGUCUGCUCCCAUGUCACGAGCUGCCCCCCACGGCGACCUUCAGAAAUGCACCGAGAAAGAAAUUCCGGGAAAGCCCUGGUGGAGCCACAGAAGCUCCGGCUUUCCGCAGCGGGCCUGUCGUGCGCCCAGCCUCCAUGCCAGAUACCAGCUGCGCCUCUGCCCUCCCGCUGCCGCCAGCCAGCUCCAACGCAAGCCUCACCACCCCGCUGGACGCAAGUCCGCAGCAGCUGCAGGAAGCCAGCUGCCUUCGGGUUCUGCUCACUUCAGCUCCCAGGGCUGGAAGAGCCAGCCAGCAGCAGUACCCCCGGCCGCCCCCACUGCCCGUCUCCACCCUGAGUCCCAAGCGCCCUUGCUCGGUCCCACAGGGUUUCUGCAGCCGGUCCCCCAGCUGGGUCACUGGGCGGGGACGGGGCACCCCAGGGGCGCUUCUGCUCCCGGCGCUGCCCCACGGCCGCAGCCCCGGCUCCAGGCUCACCCUGCCCCACGGCCGACCCCCCCCGCCCCAACCCCACCACGUCAGAGCUGAGCCAGUCCUGCUCCCCCACGCUGAGUCCGGAAACUCAGUCCGCCAUGCCCUGGCCUCCCCAGUUACCUCGGAGAGCAAGACAGACAGAGAUGAGGACAUCAGGCCCGGAGGAGGCGGGCUUUAG